AUGAAACGUCGUGGCUACAACACUCAAUCAUGGAAAACCAGAAUGUCAGCCGGCGGAGCCAAUCGAACAAACCUGCAAGGUGCCAUGGCUAGACUUCAUGAACUCGAAGACUCACUACUCAUACAAUCUGAUUCUCAUCGUCACAGUGGAUCCGAUCUGAUACCGAAACGAAGAGUCAACAGCUUCAAGCCUUUUAAUAGUCGCCUUCAACCUUCCUAUUAUCGCUCGCCAAUCAGAAGUUACCGAGAUCUCGAGCCAGCACCACCUCCACCUAUCUCUUCAUUCCUUCCUCCACGACACACCAGAAGAGAACGAUCACCAGACGUUUUAGUUAAUGAUAAAGGCCACCCGAUUCCUAGAAAAGGAAUGUUCUUGAAUGCAAAAUACUCGGAAGCUGUUCCACUACUAGAUGAAUGUCAAGUUCAACGCACCGCAGGAUUGAUACGGAGAAUGGUUGACAAAUCCCAUCGCAGUAAACAGUUCAGUCUACCCGAUUAUCAACUGCAAGACUCAAUUCGACAAGCAGUUUAUAGACAAGGAGUACCAGAUCUUUACCGAACUCGCGAGCCCCAGUAUGAGGAAUAUGGUGAUGAAGUAGAGCCAGGACCUUCUAGACAACGUUCUCAUCAUUCAUCCCACCAUCAAUCUUAUCACCCAUCUCACCAGGAUCUGAGACGUCCAAGACUUCCAAAUCAUUAUAGAGGAGAUCGAAGAGCCCAGUUUGAAGAAGAGGAAGAAUAUGAUUCGGAUGAUGAAGACGAAGUUUUUCGGGAAACGGCGAGACAGCCACCUCAGAAGAAUAAACGAAGAGUUGUUGAUGAGUUCGAAGAGCAUUCAGAUCACCCAUCUCGAAAAACCCAACGGAAACGAAACGUGGAAGAAAGAGAGGAGAGAUCGAGUAACGAAGAUGAGCACGAUAAAUCUAACCAUUCGAAUGCUUCGAAUGCUUCGAAAACUUCGAAAACUUCAAAAUCCAAAAAUACAUCUAGAAUAGAAGAAGAACGAGCACCUUCUCGUGGCAGCAAGUCUUCUAAACAUAGCACGCCGAAACUUCCGUCACCUACUGCGGCGGGUCCUUAUAUAAAAGAUUCGGAUAACGAUGACAAUUGGAGAAAAUCACUGCCUUUUAUGUGUCAACCAGAUGGUCCAGGUGCUGCAAUGCUUGAGCGUGUUGGCUCAGCGAUUACACCGCUGUCGUUACGAGACGACUCGAAGAAUAGUUAUUCGGAAGUGGCUUUAAUGCUUCUUGGGAAAAGUUUGAAUAAUUUACGGAAACCAGAAAAAGAGCGAAGAGAGGCACGACCGCAAUCUGAACUUUUGAAUAUGAGCACUAAUUGGAGUCGUCAUCAGCAUAAAUCUCGUUCCACUCGAAACUCGGAUGGCGUCGAGAAAGUUGUUCUGGAAACUCGAAAAUCUGACACGUUGUUAAUGCGUGAAAUCUCACGAAUUCAGAAUCCUCAAAACGCUACAACGUUUCAGUUUGAACCAUCUUCCGUUUUUGCUCAACCUAGACUAUUCGAUAUGAGCAGUGAAGUCAGAAGGGAAAAGAGUCCUGAAAGAAUACGCCACAAAAAGAAAAUGCCACCGCCACUCUACCGAUCAUCUCCAAUUAGUCAAGAAGUCUCGAAAUCUCAUGACGCGAUAACUGUGCCGAGUUCGAUUAAAAAGGGACCAGAACGAUACGGAUUUGUUAUAUCGGAUGAUGAAGAGGAGCCAGUAGUAACAAGACAACAAGAUAUUGAUGAUUACAUUGCCCGUGGAGCCUCACAACUUGAUGGCUCUUACUUUCCUUUAAAUUCAAAUUCAUGCAAAUCGAGCGAGAAUCCUUUGCCUGUUCAAGCCAAUCCGCAACCCACUUCUCGGGAUGAAAUGAACAUUGAACCUUCCUCAAAGAUCUCAGAAUCUUCCGACACUCGUAGAGAAUAUGAAAUAGAUACGUCCUCAUUCAAAUCAAAAAGUAAAGAAGCGUCAUCUGUGGAAUUCACCAGUCGUUUCAUGUUCAGUCAGAGCCAGAAAAAGAAGAAAAAGACGGUGCGACAUACGGGACCGAUGAUGGAAAUGGAUGAGGAAUCACAGAAAAUGUUCGAAGACGCUUUCGAAAGUAAUGGAGGACCGUCUGAUAGAGAAAAGUAUUUGUUUUGA